CCAGUCCCCCGGGCCCUGGCCCCGCAAGCUUCACUUUAAAUUAGCACACCGGUGAUCGCAUGUGGGUUUCAAAUAUAUUUUAACACGUGUUUUCAGUUGUAUAAUUAUUAACAACAGUGGCUAGACUGUUUUAAGUUCACUAUUUAGCUCCUAAUAUUACGCGAUAUAAUCGUCGUCAAAAUAAAAAAAUUGCGUCAUAUUAUAUUUGCAAAUAGAGUCCAAUAUUUUUAAUAUUUCCUUUCAAUAUGACUGAAGAAAACGUGGUCCCACCUAGCAAUGGACAGGAGAGUAAUGAAAAAGAAAACGGUGCAGAAGAAGAGCAAACCGAUUUAGACAAAGCCAUUAUUCGACAAGUGGAGUAUUACUUUGGUGAUCUCAACCUCCCCAGAGACAAGUUCCUACGAGAGCAAGUAAAGCUUGAUGAUGGAUGGAUUCCAUUCGAGGUCCUCGGAACGUUCAACCGUCUUGCAAAACUCACCACUGAUUAUCAAGUAAUUGCAAACGCCCUUAACAAAUCAACUUCUGGAUUACUUGAGGUAUCUGAAGACAACAAAAAAGUUCGCAGAAAUCCUGAAUUGCCGAUACCUGAAAUGAACGAAGAGAGACGUAAGGAACUGGCAAUGAGGACAAUUUACGUGAAAGGUUUCCCAAAAGAAGCUACUCUAGAUGAGAUACUGAAGUACUUUAGACAGUUUGAUGAUGUUGAAAACAUAAUUAUGAGAAAAUACCUAGAUCGGCAAUCAAAGAAACGAAUUUUCAAGGGCUCAGUUUUUGCUACGUUCAAAACUAAAGAGCAGGCUGAGAAAGUAGUAGAAAUGAAAGACUUAAAAUAUAAUGAGACUGAACUGUUGAUCCUAUGGCAAGAGAACUACAUAGAGAAGAAACAAGAAGAAUAUGCUGCUAAGAAGGAUAAGAAAAAAGUCAAAGAGGUGAAAGAAGACAAGGAAGACUUUAAGCUGCCAACAGGAACAGUUCUCCAGUUCAGCCAGGGACACGACAAGAUGACUAGGGAAGAGGUCAAGGAAGCUCUCACUCCUCUAGGUCAAGAUAUCGCAUACAUCGAUUUUAAGGUAGGCGACGCGGAAGGAUGGGUGCGAUUGGCAAAAGAAAACACUGCAAAGGAAGUAUUUGAAAAAAUGACUGACGGUAAACUAAAAAUUGGAGAUUCAGAGGUUGUAUUUCGAGUUCUGGAGGAAGAGGAGGAGAAAACAUACUUAGACAAAACUAUCGAAGAGAUGUCGAAACGUCGCAAAAAUAUGAAGAACUUUAAACAAAACAAAGGCAAACAAUUUAAGGGAAGACAGGGUAGAAAGAGGAAGCAGGACAAUGUUGAAGGCCCACCCUCUAAAGUCAAGGCUGCCGAUAGUUAGUGUAUAUUAGUGUAUUAACUGAUUAUUACUUAAAGUAUAAUUCAAUUUUUUUGUGUAAAAGCUUUUGUAUCAACAUAGCAAUAAAAAAUGAAUCAGCGAUUCUAUAAUGUAAAAGUAAUAAGUAAACUUAUUAUUAAAAAAUAAGUUGUAUGUUUAACUAUAUUUAGGACACUGUUAAAUCAGAUUACAUCCUACGAUUUAGCUUUUGUUGUUUAUUAAAAUGUGAUUAAAAGUUAUAUUUUGA